AAGGGGGUGAGGAAUAAUAGAUGCACAAGGGGAAAGGUGGAAGAGAAAAAGGAGAAUCGUCCAUAAGGGAAGAAGAGAGGAAGAGAAGGGUCACAUGACAGCCCUUUGUUAUGUGGAUCUCCCUUCCAUGGAGUAGCACAAGAAGAAGGGGAGGAAGAGCUCUCCUUGUUCUUUAGCAGAGGUAGCAAGAGCCAGGAGGAAGAGUUUGGAGGCUUUUGUUUAGGGUUGCCUUGUUGGUGCAUAGAUCCACACUCGUGUGCUACGACUUGUGUUCUUGCUCUCUUCCUCCCUCCCUUUCUUUGGUUCUUUUCCUGUGUUUUGGAUCUGGAAGAGGAAGAGUUGGAUCGAAAGGUAGCCACGGCUUCUCUGUGGCUCUAAUUUGGACGCAUCAGUGAUCCCAUACGGAAACAGAUAGUGAGGGUAAGAGGAUCAAGAAGACCAUCGAGUGGGAGAGAAAGCGCAGUGCUGUUUUGUUGCUUUGGUUCAGGAAAUGACAAUGGCUUCGUCGUCGGUACCUUUGUUCGGAUCCAUAGAGGAAGAGAAGCAUGUCACCCAGCAGCAACAGCCACAGCCAGGCUCAGCGGUAGCUGCUAAUGCUGCUGCUCAACCAGCAGCUCCUCCUCCUCCGAAGAAAAAGAGGAACCUCCCUCGAAACCCAAAUCCUGAUGCUGAGGUAAUCGCCUUAUCCCCAAAGACGCUCCUUGCAACGAACAGAUUCAUCUGCGAAGUGUGCAACAAGGGGUUCCAGCGGGAACAGAACCUGCAGCUGCACCGGCGUGGCCACAACCUACCGUGGAAGCUGAAGCAGAAGAACCCCAAGGACGUCCGCCGCCGUGUGUACGUCUGCCCCGAGCCGACCUGCGCCCACCACGACCCCUCUCGCGCCCUCGGCGACCUCACCGGCAUCAAGAAGCACUACUGCCGCAAGCAUGGCGAGAAGAAGUGGAAGUGCGACAAGUGCUCGAAGCGGUACGCCGUGCAGUCGGACUGGAAGGCCCAUUCCAAGACGUGCGGUACUCGCGAGUACCGCUGCGACUGCGGAACCCUCUUUUCCAGGCGUGAUAGCUUCAUUACACACAGAGCCUUCUGCGACGCAUUAGCACAAGAGAGCGCGAGGGUUCCAGCCAGCAUGAACACCAUCGGCAGCCACUUCUAUGGCAACACCGGAAUAAAUUUGGGCCUUCCUCACUUGAAUUCGCAGCUCUCCACCUUGCAAGAUCAAACACAUCCAUCAGCAGAUCUUCUCCGGCUUGGCGGAAAUGGCAACGCUAUGCAGUUCAAUCACCUCACGGUGCCGUCCUUCCGACCACCACCGCCACCUCAGUCUGCCCCGUUCUAUCUUGGUGGCGGCUCAAGCCAAGACAUCAAUGAGAACACUCAAUUGCUACAAAGCAAACCAUUCCAUGGCUUCAUGCAACUGCAACACCUUCAAACCAACACCGAAUCUUCAUCCCCCUCGGCUGCCGCAGCUGCUACUAAUCUUUCCAAUCUUGGUAUCUUCUCUGACAGCAGCAACAGGAGCGCCGUCACCAACAGCAGCAACGUAGCAAUGAACCAGAAUGCUCAUCUACUCGUCUCUGAUCCAUUUAACACUGCUGGUGGAAGCAACGGGCCAAACGCAAUCUUUGCAGGAAAUAUCGUGGGCAACAAUCUUAUUGAUGCAAACAUGUCUCCUAUGUGCAACAACUCGGUGAGCAAUGAAUCAAUGCCACCACAUAUGUCGGCAACUGCACUUCUUCAGAAGGCUACUCAAAUGGGUGCAACAUCCAGUUGCAUCAGUGCGAGCUCCUCGCUCAGAGGAGUCGGCAGCUUAUAUUCUAGCGCUGCAAAGAAUGCAGGUUCUCGGACUGUCUUCGAUGGCGUAGAGAGCGAGAGCCAUUUCCAAGACCUCGUGAAUUCUCUCACUAACGAAACCAGUGGCAUACUGAGUGGUGGAAACCAGCAAGAAACCGGGUUCAGCGGCUUCGGAGCCACUGACAGGUUAACUCGAGACUUUCUUGGGGUUGGCAGCAUGAUGAGGAGGAUGGGAGGAGUUCUAACGCAAAGGGAGGAACAACAUCUCGGCAUCGACAUGGCCUCUUUGGAUCCGGAACUGAAGUCAGUCUGCAACAAGCGUUACUGAAGACAAGGCAGACUUGGUAGGUAUGCAACUCGACUUGGCCAAUACUGGGAGAGAAAGCUGCUGCUGUAGUCACUUUCCUUACUGUCACUGCGAAACCAGUUUAGCAGGAGCCAAAUAACUGCAGCUUGUCCCAGCUUCAAGCUAAAGGACUGUGUUAUACGCAAUCUUAACCUGCAAUAUUUCCUUUCUAAAUUGUCUUUCUCCUUCUUUAGCUUUGUUGCUAUUGGACAAGAACUCUUUAAGUCUAUUGAAGCUAAUGAAAGCUUUCCUUCAUGGGUUA